CUUGCUGCAUCUUUUUAGGAAGCCUCAUGCUUUCUCUCGACAGGCAAAGGUCGCAUGGUGUCAGGGGCGCGCCUUAUCACGGGAACAGUCCUGGAGGCGCGUUCACGAGGAGCAGGGUCGCGCUCUGAAACAGCGGAGAGUAUCAAAAAGGGGAUCCAAACCUGGUGAUUUACACUGGGUCACCACGACCAGUCAAUGAUUUGCACCGUGUUUUUUUGCGCUGGGAUUUUUUUUGCACUGGGAUAAACUGACAUAGGAAACUCAUCUGUAUGAUCGCGGAGCAGGAGCUCACAUUAUGGUCCGGGAAACCAGACAUUUAUGGGUGGGAAAUUUACCCGAAAAUGUCAGAGAGGAGAAAAUAAUCGAGCACUUCAAGCGGUAUGGACGUGUGGAGAGCGUCAAGGUCCUCCCCAAGCGGGGAUCUGAAGGAGGAGUCGCAGCCUUUGUGGAUUUUGUGGACAUCAAAAGUGCUCAAAAAGCUCACAAUGCUAUCAACAAGAUGGGAGACAGAGACCUACGUACUGAUUAUAAUGAACCAGGCACAAUUCCAAGUGCCGCCAGGGGGCUGGACGAUAGUCUAUCGUUAGGCUCUCGUGGCCGGGAUAUAUCAGGGUUCACAAGGACAGCAGGGGGGGCUGUUUAUGGGCCCUCUGCGUCACUGCACAGCAGAGAUGGACGCUAUGAACGGAGACUAGACGGGACCACAGACACUCGAGAGAGGGCCUAUGAUCACAGUGCCUACGGACAUCACGAGCGACCUGGCAGCAGUUUUGAGCGCCAGCGUCACUAUGAAACAGACUAUUAUCGUGAGGCCAGAGAAAGGACUCUGAGCGCACCUGGGAACGGGUCUGGUACCUCCAGUGGAAGCAGUACCACUGUGUCCUCCGGCAAUGGUGGAUCUAUUGGAGUUGUUUCUGGUUCUGGAACUGGUGGAUCUGUGGGUACCACAAGUGGAGUAAGUGGCGGUUCUGUUUCCAGUGGUGUCGGGUUCUACCGCUCUCACAGCAGGAGUCCAUGUCGUUUUGAGACACCAGAGCCUCGUUAUGAGUCGCGCACACGGGAACCUUUUACUUUGGCCAGUGUGGUUCACAGGGACCUUUACCGGGAGGACCGGAGUCGACGUGGGGAGCGCUCUUAUCGCCACAGUCGCAGUCGGUCUCCUCACUCGACACAUUCACGUAACCCCUCACCUCAGAGACUAGCUAGUCAGGCCACCCGGCCACUCCGCUCUCAAAGUGGGUCUCGCUCCCGAAGCCGUUCAUCCAGUUCGGAUUCAGUCAGCAGUACCAGCAGCAGUACAAGUGGAAGUGAUUCAAGCAGCAGCUCAAGCGAUGACUCUCCGGCACGUUCCGUACAGUCUGCCGCUGUACCGGCUCCCACCGCACUUCCAUUAUCCUCUCUUGACAAGGAGGAACCUCGUAAAAGCUUUGGUAUCAAGGUCCAAAAUCUUCCUGUGCGUUCUACAGAUACAAGUCUGAAGGAUGGAUUGUUCCAUGAGUUUAAAAAACACGGGAAGGUUACAUCUGUGCAAAUCCACGGAGCUUCAGAGGAGCGAUACGGCCUUGUGUUUUUCCGACAACAAGAAGAUCAAGAAAAGGCUCUUAGCGCAUCCAAGGGGAAGCUCUUUUUUGGGAUGCAAAUCGAUGUCACUGCUUGGAACGGACCCGAGACCGAAAGUGAGAAUGAGUUCAGGCCAUUAGAUGAAAGAAUAGAUGAGUUUCAUCCUAAGGCAACAAGGACGUUAUUCAUCGGCAACUUGGAAAAGACCACCACCUACCAUGACCUGCUUAACAUCUUUCAGCGUUUUGGAGAAAUAGUUGACAUUGACAUAAAGAAAGUAAAUGGAGCUCCACAGUAUGCCUUUCUACAGUACUGCGACAUUGCCAGUGUCUGUAAAGCCAUUAAGAAGAUGGAUGGCGAAUACCUCGGUAACAACAGAUUAAAGCUGGGCUUUGGAAAGAGUAUGCCAACAACUUGUGUUUGGCUGGAUGGGUUGGCAUCAAACACCACCGAGCAGUUUCUUACCCGCCAUUUCUGUUGCUAUGGACAUGUCGUGAAGGUGGUUUUUGACAGAAUGAAAGGAAUGGCCCUAAUCUUGUACAACAAUAUUGAAUAUGCACAAGCAGCUGUAAAAGACACAAAGGGAUGGAAAAUAGGAGGGAGUAAAAUCAAGGUGGACUUUGCUAAUCAGGAAAGUCAAAUGGCUUUCUAUCGAUCAAUGCAGUCAUCUGGUCAAGAUAUUCGAGACUUUUACGACAUUCUGUCUGAAAGGAGGGAGGACCGUCGCUCGACUUAUGAGUUUCAGACUGACAGACAAUACUAUGAGAAUGUACGAACCACAGGAACAUACACUGAAGAUCAACGUCGGAAAUACACUUCCAGGAACCGUGAAUUCUACACUGAGUGGGAUCCGUAUCAGGGAGACUACUAUGAGACUCAGUACUUUGAAGAUCCCCGGGAUUAUCGGGAGUACAGAGCUGAUCCUUAUGAGCAAGACAUUCGUAAAUACAGUUAUUUGCAACGAGAACGUGAACGAGAAAGGGAGCGCUUUGAGACUGAUCGUGGACGUGACCAUGGGAGGAGGACCAUCGAGCGAAGUCAAAGCCCAUCUCAUAUCACCUCCAGACGUGCGGCUAGUCCCACUGCAUCUCCUUCACUCUCUGAAAGAAUAAAUAGCGACUCAGACCGUCGGAUCUGUUGUCGAUCCUCUGAAAGAAGCGGUAGUUGUAGCUCAAUGUCUCCACCCAGAUUUGAAAAGCUGGAAAAGGUUCGGAGUGACAGGUAUAUUAAAGCUGACAAGCUGGACAAGGAGCGGAUUUUUGAAGUUGAAAGAAGCAACUUGGUUGAAAAAGAAAAGAGAAUGGGACGAAAAGAAAGAGGGGACAAAGACAAAAGUGAGAAACAGAGGCUUAAAAAACUGAAAGUUUCAUCUCCUGUUUUCCAAGCCUGUGAGGCAGAGUCUAUCCCUGAUAGAGGUAUCAGCCCAGAGGCUGUGCUUCAAAAUAAAAUUAGCAAAAUUCCAAAGGAGAACUUGGGCAAAGGCAGGUUAGACCUUCUGCCUUGUGUUGUUCAGUUAACAAGAGUGAAAGAAAAAGAAGGGAAAUUGGUUUCCCAUGCGGGGCAAGAUAAACAAAUCAUGAGGUGUGGGAGUGAUAGUCCAAGAUUAGCAUCACCUCCAACUGACCAGAGGCCCAAGAGUCCACCCUUUCUUUCUGACCAAAGGACUGAAAUGACAAAGCAUGGAAAGGCUCAUAGAGAGAAAAAUAUAUACACUUUACUGGAUUCAACAGACAAAGUCAAUAAAGUCAAGUCGAAGAAACAUGGAAAAUCUGACGUUGGGUUGGAAUGUUCUCUAUCAAUUGAUAAAGAUCGCUCUGCUGCUAGAAAAAGGCGUUUCGAAGACUCCAGCAAGAGUGAUCGACAGAAGAGAACAAGCGAGGAUGACCUUGGAAGACUUCAUAGGGUAUUGAACAAUUCCAAGGACCCAGAUUUAAUCCGAGGGCUUCGUAAAAAGGAAAUUCACAGGGAUAAAUGUGACCACAUGGCGUCUGGUCAUAGUCCCAAAGAGGGGCCUGAUUGUGAAAGCAGCUUUAUGCAGCCACAGCUUUUGGAACUGCCUGAUGACUCUUCGAAUCAGUUGGAUUCCCCGCAACCUAAAAUGGAUUCAGAGGCACCACAAAGUGAAAACUGCUCAAAUCUCAGAAAAGCCUCAGAUGAUGCCUUUCUUGAUUUGGAUGAAAUUCAAGAGCAACAGAAGCUGUCUGAAAAUGAACAACGCAAAAGAAAGCAGAGAGACUUGGAUAAUGCAGAUGACUUGUUUUUGGAAAUUGACCUGGCGAAUACUUGUUCAAAACAAAUUGAACAAAGUCGUUGGCACAAAGCCAAGCACAGUGAACUUGACAGUUUUUUUAAGUACGAUAACCCAUCCUCUAUCGAGCCUCGAAGCUAUGAAAAAGAUUACAUGGCGUAUGAUGUGGCAAAACCGGUUGAAGGCAUGACCAAUGAAGACAUGUCUUGUAAACGAAAACAAAAGGAACACUUUGAUUACGAUUGUGCCAGCGAGGGAAGCGAGCGGAAAUUGUGUAGUUCUCUAAAAACAAAAGAAGAUGCUUAUCAGAGAAGGUUUUCAUCUAUUGAUGAGGAAGAAACCGCUCAGAUCUCUGUGUCAGUUACAAAGAGGGAAAGAAAAUCCCCAGCUUCAGACUUGUUAAAAAGCAGUUCCAGUCUCAGACCGUUUCAUUCACCCGACAUUGAGUCCACCAAAGUGAAGAUGCAACUGCUUGACAGUAAUGAAGAAUUCAUGCACCGCUGGGAGACGAGGAUUAAGUCAGAUUCACUGAGAAUGAAUAUGAGUUUCCCUAACUACCUCGGAAAGCAUGAUAGCUGCAAAAGCCAGGAGCAAGAUUUGGAACCUGGGGAAGUUCAGUCAGAUUCAGAAGACGACGAUGAUGGAGAAAGUAAACACAUAUCUUCCAAAUCUAAUCGUGCUUUGUCUUAUGUUCUUAGGGAGCAUGAAGAGAGGGUGAGUGAUCUGAAACUUUCUGGCUCUCUGGAAAAGAAUAAGUUUUAUUCUUUUGCAUUGGACAAAACCAUCACCCCUGACACAAAAGCACUGCUUGAGAGAGCGAAAACGCUCUAUUCCUCUCGAGAAGACAACUGGUCAUUUCUUCCUUCACGCUUCCCUACGUCCCACAGCUGUACAGAUAAGGACAAGGUUGAGCUAACACCGAGGCCUAUUCCCUCCUGGUACAAGAAAAAGAUUCGCACAAACUCUGAUGACAAGAUACAUGACAAAAAGGAGGAACAUCAGCACCAGGACCAGGAGCGACAAGAGCUUUUUGCUUCCAGAUUUCUACACAGCUCAAUAUUUGAGCAAGACUCUCGCAGAUUGCAGCACCUUGAACGUAAAGUCCAAGAUGAUAAAAGCAGUGUAUGUCGAACUCUGACGAAGACAGAAACACCAGAAUUACAGCCUAAAACCUUGGAAAGUAACAGCACUCAGGAGCCCAUCGUCUUAUUCCAUAGCAGGUUUUUAGAGCUGCAGCAGCAGAAAGACAAGGACCUUUUCCCACCUGAUAGUGAUUCAAUUACAGAGGAGACAGACCAGAGUGACUCACAAAAUUGUGAUAAUGGGCCGUCUGAUAAAAUGUCUGACACGGCCCCGAAUGUUGAGGACAAAUCAGACAGUCCUCCUCGAAGCUUGUCAGUUUCACCACCGCUCCCAGUCCAUAAAGAAUUAAUAGAAGUCGUCACACCUUCUUCAAAUCAGCCUUAUACAUGUGUGCAAGAAGAUAAAGCCAGCCCAGUUCAAGAGGUGUCGGAAUCUGAGUCUUCGGCUGUAGAAUCUGGCAAACCACUUUCUCCGAAACUCAUGACUGCACCCCAACUCAUUUGUUCAGAAACAAAAACUGAACCCAAAACGGACGUUGUGAUCAAAGCCAAAAUUAAAGAUAGUGUGGCAUUGGACAUCAGUAUUGAGAAAGAGAAUCUCCUCUCCACUAGUUGUGCACUGACUGCUUUAGAAGGUGGGAAUGUAGAAUCAUCAUCCUCAGCUGGUAAAAUCACUGAGGAAAUUUCUCACAACUUAGAAGAGAAACCCAUCGACAUUGAUCAGACUAUUUGUAGAGAAGGAGAGUACAUUGAUGAAUGUCUGAAAAAUGACACAGACAGUGACUUAUGCAUGCCACUCUUAGAAGUUGAAAUCAAGCCUUUGACAAAUCGCAGACAGCCAAAAAGUAAAAGGGCAAAGCCACUGUCCAUAUUGCGGUCCAUACAGUCAUUCCAGAGCGAAGCAGCUGAGAAACCUGCCACGAGAAAAAGUGAGCGAAUUGACAAAGAGAAACUCAAGAGGGCCUCGUCUCCAAGGGCAGAAACACCGAAAACGCCUGACGCUAAAUCAAAUCUCAACAAGUCACCGAUUAAUGCAUCUGAUUCCGAUCAUAGCCUUGAAUCCACUUUAGUCCAAGGACGGACACGUCGCAGGAAUGUGAGGUCUGUCUACGCCAAAAUAGGGGAAGAGGACCAAGCAGGCAAAGAUGUGGUUGAGCCACCACGGUCUAUGCGCAAACGUGGUCCUGAUAAGGAUCCGAUACAACAAGAAUCUCAGGCUCCGCCCACGCAUGCUAGACGAGGACGUCCACCGAAAAGAGGUGUGAAAAGGAAUCAGCCGGUUGCACCAGUAAAAGCGGAACCACAGAAAAUAAUUGAAGGCGAUAUGGAGGAGGUAGACAUAUCAGUCGAAACAGAAGCUGUGAAAGGCUUUGAGGGAUGGCGAUCACCACGGAACCAAAAGUUGCCCCCGACGAACAUCACCAAGAAAGCAAGUAAAACUGACAAGCAGUCUGGAAUUACCAGUCCUCAACCUGAGCUGACCGAUCAAGAGGAGUCCGAGACAAAGAUAGAUUUGGAAGUACUUGGCACUCUAUCUGAAAAGAUUGAAAGCAGCUCUGCACCUUCAAUCAAGAAGGAAAAAGACCUAAAAGAUGCCUGCGGGAAGAAAACAGUUGAAGGGACUGAAUCUUCUGAAAGGAAGCUCCCAGAAAAGUGUGUUAAAUUAAAAAGUCCAAGAUUAAAAAGGAACAGCAAGGCAGUCACAGAUGACAAGUCACAUACACUAAAAAAUCUUGAGAUCCGGGUCAGCGUUGACGAUGUUAAAGAUUUACUUCGGACUGAGAAUGAUGAGCCUCAUUCCUUCCAAGUUUCACGGCUAACAAAAACAAAGGCAUUGGUGCAAGCUGAAGAAACAAAAGUGACUGGUCUUAAAAAAGAGGCAGAAGAACCUGCAGUCCUCCAGGAUGCGGACCAAUCCUUGUCUGAAGAUGAACUUCCUGUUGAUCCAGCUGCUGCUCUGUUAGCACGACAAAUGGAGCUUGAGCAGGCGGUCGAAAACAUUGCUAAACUGACUGUCGAACAAGCUCCACGUGCUUUUAAAGAACCGCCAACUGAGCAACCGACCUUGUUGCCUCCUGUAAUCGUUGAGCAGGAAAGUGAAGUUGAAGAAGAAAAGAGGGAGAACCCUGCAAGUGAAACAGAACUUGCAGCUGCGAUUGACUCCAUAACUGCUGAAGUCACCUGCACAGAUACCGAUGGAUUCACAGCCUCGCCGACAUACACUCCGCUCAUCUCUACACCCGAUUCCUUGGUAUCCCCCUCCUCUAAUGAGAUUAUGGAGCCCGAAACACAUAUGGUUAUCAACAAUAUUCUUGCUGCCAGCUCCGACGAUGAUUCUCUGCCACCCAGCCCGAAGAGGGAAAUGCCUGAAACCAAGAGAGAUGAAGAAAGGCUUAUUCAGGAAGCAGCAAGAAGGUUGAGUAAAGUUAAACCCAAAACCGCUCCAAAGAAGCCCAGAGGAAGGAGGGGCACGGCAAACAAGAGAGGGGAUGCUUCUUCAGACAUCACUCUCCCAGAGCCUUCACCUGUGAAGUUACCUGAGUCGAUACCUGACGAUCCAGAGACUGUAAAAUCAAAAGCUACCACUAUUACAGCUUGUACAACGAUUGCAGCCUCUGUUGUCACUGCGGUUACAACAUGUAGACGGGAUGUAACAAGCGCUAUAACUGUUAACGCUCCAAGGGAGGCAGAGCAUCCUGAAGUGGAACAGCCAGUUCCAAAAGAAUCUGCCUUCCACUCUGGUCCAAUGAAGACACCAGAUUUAUCCUUCCCAGUCCUUGCUCCUGCCAAUCCUCAACCUUCAUCCCAGUUUAAUGUGCCCCCACUUCGGCCUGCCAGAAUGUCUCUUUCCCCAGAGUGGCCUCCCAAAAGUGAAGAAAGUAAAUCUGCUGCUGCUUCAUGUCAUGUCACAGUCGUAACUCCUACGAAACAGCAUCAGACAUCAAAUGUUCUCGGAAAUCCAUCAAUGAAUCCCACAAUGCCGCCUGACACCAAGGCUUCAGACCUCGACACCAGCUCCAGCACCUUACGAAAAAUCCUUAUGGAGCCCAAAUAUGUCACUGCGUCUAACAGCAACUCCAUACACACGACCAUGGUGACAUCUUCCCUCACAGACCUCACUCGGAUGUCUGAGAAUGAAAACCCCUCUGACACAGUGGGUUCAAGUCGGCUGUAUCCAAAAGAGCGAUCAUUACCACCUCAGCCCUUACUGCACAAGCCAUCUCCCUUGACAGAGUCUCAACAAAACUGUGGAGAGAAGCCCCAGCUUCAGUGUAUUUCUCCUGCUACCUCAGUUAUAAGUCGUAUCCCAAUGCCUUAUGAUACAGAGGAGACUCCACGGAUUUCCCUUAGCAACCGAAACACUGGUGUCAAUAUUUACAAACAAAGAUUUAGAUCCAACUCCAAUGAAAACAGUCGAUAUCACGAAGUUGCUGAAGAUGGGGUGAGAGGGCACUCGGCUGUUGAGAACAAUCCUUACAACCCAAGUACCUCAUCUGGUUUAAGACUGAACACGUCAGAGGGAGUUGUUGUGUUGAGUUAUUCGGGUCAGAAAACAGAGGGCCCCCACAGAAUGAGAGCCAAAAUAAGUCAAAUCCCCCAGGCCAACGCUGGGGAUAUUGAGUUUCAACAAUCAAUGUCCAAAUCCCAGCUAAAGCAAGAGUCUCCAAACUCAUCGUCACAGUCUCCCUCUCCGAAAAUAGCCUCCACUUCUUCUCUUUACGGGCAUACAGGAGUUCUCUUGACCAAUCAGUCUUACGUCUCUCCACCUUUCAUUUCAAGUACCAACCAGGAGAGUGCUGGUUGUGACAACUCAGAAGCCUUACAUCACUCAAUGUCACAGGGUGGCGUUGUUAAAAUGUUUCAACAGCCAAUCAGCUCCCCGCAGGUCUUGAUGUACAACCAGGCUGUGAUACAACAGCAUCAUGCCAAGAGAGGAAUAGUCACGGACCAGUUACCAAAAAAGGUGGACGUUGCCAUUCAGCAGUCAACCCGUAGUCCAGUUGUCAAUCAUCCACCCGUGGCCAGUUCUCAUGCCAGCUCCAAUGUUGGCGAUCGGUCGCCUCAUCCCCUGAAACAAGACCGCCAGUCUCCUCAAACGACUGCCCACUCCACUACUUUUGUUAAGUCAAGUAAUUCAACCAUGGGUACUUCAGUUCUGAGCCACGGCAUGCCUAAAACCUCAACAUAUCAUUCUCCCAUGCAUCACUCUGAGCAGUCCUCCGUCAUAAUUCAGCCUCACAGCAUCACCCAGUCUAUUGCGCACGAAACAAGGACGAACACCUCCCACAUGGCAGGUAUGAAUCUUGUGAGGAGAAGCGAGUCCAUUUCCUCACCAAGCCCUGGACCUGCGCAGCGCUCAAACACGCCUCAGCAUAACGUUAUCAGAGAUAUUGUGCUGAAGAGUCACUCAAGCCCUCACCGCUCCAUGCCGACCAUUGACAGUGGCGGUAGUCUUUCAGAAGAGGACAUGAGACACUUCAACCAAACCUCUGGUCGACCCCCUGUGUCACCAUUCCAAACCGAUCUUAUGAUGAUCCACGUUGAUCAAAGGCGCCACUCGACGAUGCGCAUGGACCAAUACAGAGACAUGCACCAGCGCAUUCUCAUGCACCAGCAGCUGGGCGAUCAGGCUGCGGCAGAGUCCAGGCAGGCGCGCACCUCAGAAACCUCAAGCAACAUCUUAAGUCCUUCAAAAAGUUCUGUCGUGAGAAAAAGUAUGGAGUUCUCAGCGAAAGACUCUCUCAAGCUGGAGGGGAAAGUCAUACAUCAAACCAGCAACGAGAGCAGAAUCAUGGGGGUCCACUCGACCAGCCCCGUCAUGGUGUCCCCUCACCUUCACGGUACUCCACUUGUGCACCCAGGAGGAACAAGUUCAUUUCCAAUAUAUCGGGAUAUCAGAGGCUUUCCAUCUCAGUUCCCUGGACAUCCAUCUGGUCAUGUUUCCAAUCCUGGCCUUACGUCACCACAGGUGUCUGCAGAGCAUGAGCUGGCUCAAAGAGGGAAACCAGUUCAGUCCAGUCUUAUCGACACCAAGAUGGAGAGUUCUCAUCUUCGCCACACGACGUCCUCGGAGCUCCCUCACUUAUCCAGAAUGCCCGGGGAACGGGUGUCGCCCACAUACCCGUCUCCCAUCACCUCCCCGAUAGCUUACACCCACAAGCCAGAUUUAUCACUCCAAAAAGCCCCUCCUCCCUUCUUGCCCACGACUCAAUCGGCUACAACCUCGCAGUUUCACCCCGACCCCAAACUGGAGCACGUCGGACACCAUUCGGUGGACACGGCGCAGCUGCUGACGAAAUAUCCAAUCGUGUGGCAAGGCCUGCUGGCGCUCAAGAACGACCAGUCGGCUGUCCAGUUGCACUUUGUCUCGGGGAACACCGUUUUGGCCCAGCGGUCUCUGCCGCCACCUGAGGGAGGCCCACUCCUCCGAAUUGUUCAGAGGAUGAGACUGGAAGCGUCACAGUUGGACAGUGUGGCCCGUCGAAUGACUGUGGAGAAUGACUACUGUCUGCUCCUGGCCCUACCUUGUGGCCGGGACCAAGAUGACGUCCUGAAUCAAACCCAGGCUUUGAAAAGUGGCUUUAUAACCUACCUGCAAGCGAAGCAGGCAGCUGGAAUCAUCAACGUGCCUAAUCCUGGCUCCAACCAGCCAGCCUACGUGGUACAGAUUUUCCCACCCUGCGAGUUUUCAGAGAGCCACCUUUCUCGUCUGGCCCCGGACCUUCUCAACAGCAUCUACAGCAUCUCCCCUCACCUCAUGAUUGUCAUCGCCUCGGUUUAGUCCCCUCCAUCACCGGGAGAAUAUCAACACCAGCCCUCUUGUACUCCUCCAGUUUUUGGAAGCUGGAGUUGCCUCAUGUUUUUACGAGUAAGCAUUUACUAUUCUCCAUCACCUCACCAUGUCCUUAAGAAAAGACUUAACAAAGGGGCGUUGAAGCGUUCACCAGGAUCUUUCUUUUUUUCAUUACAUUUUUGUCAUCGAAUCAGUGUUUUCUAAUUUGUAGCGUUCACAGAGCUGCAGAUUUAGAAUGUUCCUACUGGAUAUUUUUAUCUUCAAAGAAGUAAUUGUGAUAUAUUUUGUCUUUUUUUAAGGAAAAAAAAUGUGAUACAUCAUUGCACUAUGUUGAGGAAGAAUUGUGAACUCUGUACAGAUUUGAGUAUAUAAUGUAAAUGACCUGUAUUUAGCCAAGCUUGUGAGUUAAAAGAAAAAUAAUCGCCCUCAAAUAAUCUGUUUGACUUCCUUAAUUCCAACCGUCCAACCUGAAACGCUCCUUACAGAAACGUUCAGUUGUGGAGUUUACACUCAAUGCCUCAAGUGGGACUAUAUUUCUGUUGUGCAUUUGUGUCUUUUAACUGUAAAUAACACACAUAUUUAAAGCAACAAGAGGAGACCAAGUGAAUUGUUAUCAAGCUGCAGUGGUGGUUUGUCUUGUUCAGCCCAGGCUGAUACAAAAAAAAUAUUUUUAAACUGAAUCUGUGCCAAAAUAUGUCAAUGUAUUUAAAAAAAAACAUAUUUUCUUCAUUUUUUACGGAAGAGUUUGUAUGUUUUCUUGUAAUGGUUUCAUUUUAUUGCCACUUCUCUGCUGCCCCCUGCUGUAUGAAAGCAACAGAACCGUCGAGCUCACGCAUGCGCUGUUUUUGUUUUUCCUUUAUUCCAGGGGAUCAUAAAGAAAAUGAAUGUGACUUGAAAAUGACAUCAUGCCGCUACUGGAUGUGUUGAUCGUCUGUCUCCAAUUCUCCCUCCUUUUCACAAUAUUUGAGCCAAGCUGUAAAUACGGUCGUCAUUUUCGUGUGCGCUUGUGUGAACCCCAUGUCUGUCCUUACAUUUGUUUUGUGUGACAAAGCAGAGCAGUCUGACAGAGACGAGGUCGUACCGAUGCUGAAAGUAAACCGCGCUUGCAGGUUCUGUGUUGUAAAUACUUUUCCUUUGCAAGCCAAAAUCCUCAUGUUAUGUUGAAGGCACUUAUAAUUUUUUAAAUAAACAAAAUAACGACAAAAAAGAGAUUAAAAAAACUAACUUAAAGCGGUUAUUAUUAUGAAAAAAAAUGUCUUUUGAUCGAUCUUCAUUUUAAGUGUAUUUUGCUGUUCCUCCAUGAGGACAUUUUAAACUGUAAAAUAAAUGGUUGUUUAAAUUCUGAAGAUC